CAGAAACGUAAAUUAUGAUGAACAGCGAGGGUAUUCUGAGCAGCCUGCCAUAUAUAAAUAUUGAAAUGCGUGCCUUCACUCCAAAGCGGCUCGCGGCCUAGGCGAAAAAGGUUUUCCAAGAUGGAAAACAUGCAUAGCUUUUGGCAAUUGGGCGAUGAACUUCGAGGGCAAACCCAAGUCUUAGAGGAUCACAAGUGGUUAUUGGCUGCAUCUAAACUGGCUGAGCAGACAAGGUCAAAGGGCGAACGGAUGAAUAAUCUCGAUCUUUCAAAGGGACAGGUUGAAUCAAGGCCAAGGGACAAAACUGGAUUUCAAGAAGAUAACAAAUUUGAAAGCCUCAACUUCAAUUUUUUGAGCUUGGACUCUAAAAUGAACGAGAAUGUAAGCAAAAGUUCUUUCAAGAAUGGAAUGUACAAUGUGAAUGCAGUUUACCUAAAAAGCAAUGGAAAUGGCUUGGGAAAUUUGGUUGGUAACAAGUAUAGCGGCAAUAAUCACAACAACAACAAAGAGCCCAACAACAACAGCAAUAACAACAACAAUGAAAACUCCAAUACCAUCAAUGCAGUUGACAAAAGGUUCAAGACUUUGCCUGCUGCAGAGACACUCCCAAGGAAUGAGGUGCUGGGAGGCUACAUCUUUGUGUGCAACAAUGACACAAUGCAGGAAGAUCUGAAACGACAACUAUUUGGCCUGCCACCGAGGUAUAGAGAUUCUGUUCGGGCAAUAACACCAGGAUUACCUCUCUUUCUCUACAACUAUACUACACACCAGUUGCAUGGUAUUUUUGAGGCAGCCAGUUUUGGGGGUUCUAACAUUGACCCAACUGCCUGGGAAGAUAAAAAAUGUAAAGGUGAAUCAAGGUUUCCUGCACAGGUAAGGAUCCGUGUGAGGAAACUCUGCAAGGCAUUGGAAGAAGAUGCUUUUAGGCCAGUGUUGCACCACUAUGAUGGUCCAAAAUUUCGUCUUGAGCUCUCGGUCCCAGAGGUAUGGCAAAUUAUUCUUCUUCCUAAGGCUACAAAAGAGCCAAGUUGUUUGCUAGGUACUUGGUGCCUGUAUUGGGCUCACUUAGGCUCAUUCUCUAAGAUAAUAAAUCAGUCAAAAGCAUGAGGUUAUUUUUAAAACUUGAAAACUAAACGAGUCAAGCUCGAACUGGUUCAUACUUGGAUUGCUGAACUUGCAAGCUAGCUUAUUUAUUGAGCCUACAAAUCAGUUCAUUAUAAGCUUAACAUUAGAUUUUCUUCUCAAGUAAGCUAUCAGUUAACUUGUAAGUCGUAAUUCAAAUUUUGGUUUUUAUAUAGGCUCAAACUUGACUCAUCUAUUGGCUCAUUAAGAGGUUCUUUUAUAAACUUGUUUUAGAGUGUACUUUAGAUUGAUGUUAUGUUGCAUAUACAUAUUUUGCCCGUAUUCUAUUUAUUCAACUGUAAUCACAUCUUUUUUGUUAACUUUUAAAAUUCUUCACAACAUAAGACGGUAGAACACAAAUUAAAAGCAUUGGGCCUAGGGUUCAUUCGUUUGUCUACAGUAAUGGUCAAUUUUUUACAUUAAUGACUUAGGUUUAAAUUUAAAGCUCAUGAAUAAACGACUGAAAUUUAAAAUUAGACCUUCUCUUUUAGGCUUUUUUAAUAAAUGAGCGGAACAUGAGCAAGACUAAGCUCAAUUCUUUAAUUAAUGCAACCAGUUUGGAAAUGUUAAAACUUGGCUUGAUUCAGUUGCAGCCCUACUUUUUCUAGUGUAUACCUAUGUUUUGCUCCUGCUAUUCUAUUCUUUUCCAUCUCUCCUUAUUCUUAAGGCUGCUGUUUGGAACUUUGAAAACAUGUUGAAAAUAAAUAAUAUGAAGGAAUUGUCCUUUUUUAUGUGUGGUUAUUAAAGGAAAAUGUAAAAGAAAAAAUAGUAAAGUGACUAACGAAAAUUUUAGAUCUUAAUUUUUAAUCAUAUUUGUUCAAAUUUUCAUUCUUAAAUCAUGUAUUUUGAUAUAAAGAGAGAAUGCAACAAAAAAUUGAUAUCUUCCAUAAUUACUUUUCCAUUCCUUUCACAAAACUCUUAAUCCUAAGCGUAAAUUUAUAAUUUACCCUACAUAUCCAUCAUAUAUUUUUAUUUUUGGCUUAUUUUCGAAACCAAUGGUUGUGAAUUCAAUUUGGUGGUUGUGCAGACCCUGGACCUGCUAGACCUGUGUGAGCAGGCAGGCGUAUGAAGCCCAGUCACUGGAAGCAUCAGCUAGCUGUUUCUAUCCAAAGAAGUAAAUGUUAGCAAUGGUAAGCUGAUGUGGUCCUGUGGUGCGUUAUCAGCUGUGCGCUUUGAAUAGAUUCUCCGCUCAGAGGAUGCAAGUCCUGGCUGGGCACGAAAAGUUUGAAAUGUGCAUGAGCCAAGCUGAAUAAAUAUGUUGUUAUCUUUCUUAAGAUAUAUAUAUAUAUAUACUUGUAAUGUGUAAUCUGCUUUUGAGCGUUAUAAUCUCUGUAGCCAAAGCCUGUGAGCCUUGGUGGAGAGAGAGGAUGACAAAAAUAUAAUGGUAAAAAGUCCUCACAGCUCGAGUCUUUGAUGCGUUGCUCUGUUUGUGCA